CCGUAGCUGUCCGGUGCUCCCGCGGCCACUGAGUAGCGUUCUCAAGUUCUCAGCGGCUUUGCCGGCGUCGUCCCCUAGGCAGCCGCCCGCGUCCGGGUUCCUCAGCAGGCCCGGCUCGACCGGGAGCGACAACGAAGCCCUGGAGAAGCCACCGUCCCCGCCGCCGCCUCCUCGGGCACAGAUCUCGCCUGGGCUGGGGAAGGUUGGAGCCCUCCCCAACCGCCGCCUGGGUGCUGUCCGUGGCGGCCUCAUGUCGUCGCCACCGGGCCGCCGCGCCCGCCUGGCGUCCCCCGGGACCAGCCGCCCGACUACUGAGGCCCGCGAGGAGCUGCGGCGUCGCCUGCGGGACCUCAUCGAGGGCAACAGGGUGAUGAUCUUCAGCAAGAGUUACUGUCCUCACAGCACGCGGGUUAAAGAACUCUUUUCGUCCUUGGGAGUGGUCUAUAACAUCCUGGAACUUGAUCAAGUUGAUGACGGAGCCAGUGUUCAGGAAGUGCUGACAGAAAUCAGUAACCAGAAAACGGUGCCCAAUAUUUUUGUGAAUAAAGUGCACGUGGGUGGAUGUGACCGAACUUUCCAGGCACAUCAGAAUGGUUUACUGCAGAAGCUCCUCCAGGACGACUCGGCUCAUGAUUACGACCUCAUCAUCAUCGGCGGGGGCUCUGGUGGUCUCUCUUGUGCCAAGGAAGCUGCCAACUUAGGAAAGAAGGUCAUGGUGCUAGAUUUUGUGGUUCCAUCGCCUCAGGGCACGUCCUGGGGCCUUGGCGGCACCUGUGUGAAUGUAGGCUGUAUUCCAAAGAAGCUGAUGCAUCAGGCAGCCCUCCUGGGGCAUGCUUUGCAAGAUGCCAGGAAAUAUGGCUGGGAGUAUAACCAGCAGGUGAAGCACAACUGGCAGGCCAUGACGGAAGCUAUCCAGAACCACAUUGGCUCCUUGAACUGGGGCUACAGGGUAACCCUUCGGGAGAAAGGCGUGACCUAUGUCAACUCCUUCGGGGAGUUUGUGGACCUGCAUAAAAUAAAGGCAACCAAUAAGAAAGGGCAGGAAACAUUUUACACUGCUUCGAAGUUUGUCAUAGCAACAGGUGAAAGGCCGCGGUACCUGGGAAUCCAGGGAGAUAAAGAGUACUGUAUUACGAGUGACGACCUGUUCUCUCUGCCGUACUGCCCGGGGCGCACAUUAGUCAUAGGUGCCUCUUAUGUUGGUCUGGAGUGUGCGGGCUUUUUGGCUGGCUUGGGGUUAGAUGUGACAGUCAUGGUACGCUCCGUCCUUCUUCGUGGCUUUGAUCAAGAAAUGGCAGAGAAAGUGGGAUCCUACCUGGAACAACAAGGCGUCAAAUUCCAAAGGAAAUUCACCCCCAUUUUGGUUCAACAGUUGGAGAAAGGCUUACCUGGAAAAUUGAAAGUUGUGGCUAAGUCCACUGAAGGACCGGAAACAGUAGAAGGGAUAUACAACACGGUUUUGUUAGCAAUUGGUCGUGACUCCUGUACAAGGAAAAUAGGGCUGGAGAAGAUCGGGGUCAAAAUCAAUGAGAAGAACGGCAAAAUACCAGUAAAUGAUGUGGAGCAGACCAAUGUGCCUCAUGUUUAUGCUAUUGGGGACAUACUGGACGGCAAACCAGAGCUCACUCCUGUUGCCAUACAGGCAGGCAAGCUGCUAGCUCGAAGACUCUUUGGGGUCUCUUUAGAAAAGUGUGAUUAUAUUAACAUCCCAACAACGGUGUUCACACCUCUGGAAUAUGGCUGUUGUGGACUAUCUGAAGAGAAAGCCAUCGAAAUGUAUACAAAGGAGAAUCUGGAAGUGUAUCACACCUUGUUUUGGCCUCUUGAGUGGACAGUUGCUGGCAGAGACAACAACACCUGUUAUGCAAAGAUAAUCUGCAACAAAUUCGACAACGAGCGUGUGGUAGGAUUUCACCUUCUGGGGCCAAAUGCUGGUGAAAUCACGCAGGGAUUUGCAGCUGCAAUGAAAUGUGGGCUCACGAAGCAGCUACUGGAUGACACCAUUGGAAUCCACCCCACUUGUGGUGAGGUAUUUACAACGUUGGAAAUCACAAAGUCCUCAGGGCUGGACAUUACUCAGAAAGGCUGCUGAGGCUAGCCCUGCUGCUGUUGGGUUUCCCUGUCACUUUCACUCUGUGCCCAUGACAUCUGCUUGGGCACUGGAGACCAGUGCAGGGCUUUCUCCUGGCAUAGAGACGAGAAGGUGGCAGAGGACUAGCAGCAGCAGCAGCAGCAGCAGCAUCUGGAGUCUCAGCUUUCGGCAUGCAGCAGCCAGGCUGCAUCCUUGACGCCUUGGCUCGGAACCUGCAGAGGUGAGCCAGGGCCGACUUCUGCACGUCAGCCUCGACUCCCCCCUCCCCCCCCCCCCCGAGAGGCCUUGGAUGGCACAGUGAGCCCACCUCCCUUUCCCAGUUGCUAGUGCUUUGACCCCUCACUUUGUUUCCAUGAAGAGAUUAUCUUUUUUUCAGUUGUGGACUUGACUGUAAAGAGGCUUGUUGCCCGAAGUGUAGCACUUAGGGAUCUGUGGUGUUUGGGGAGCCAGGUUAGAGCAGUUGGCUGCACUGGCCUCCCCGGAAUAUAACCUGCUGUCAGAAGCCUGACUUAAACCUCACUCCUUGCACAGCUCCUGAGGGGAGAACCGGGAAGCCAUUCUCCUCCCAGCCUCUAGUCUAACAGAGCAUCACAAAGAAGAGAAAAAAAAUUCCUUGUAUUGCUAUCAGUUUUUCAUGUUUAUCUUAAGGGUACUAUUAAAAGAGAUUUUACUACAA